CUGUGUUUCAUCCCUGGUGCAGCUGACUCCUCCAACAACAUGGCGUCCACAGGCCUCCACGUGUUCGGCGUCCUCCUGGCGUGCGUCGGCUUCCUGGGAGACAUCGUCAUCUGCGCGCUGCCCAUGUGGAAGGUGUCCGCUUUCAUCGGCAACAACAUCGUGACGGCGCAGGUCUUCUGGGAAGGUCUGUGGAUGAACUGUGUGAUGCAGAGCACUGGACAGAUGCAGUGCAAGGUCUACGACUCCAUGCUGGCUCUGCCCCAGGACCUGCAGGCUGCCCGGGCCCUGGUGGUGGUCUCCAUCCUGGUCGUGCUCUUUGGGCUCCUGCUCUCGGUCGCGGGGGGGAAAUGCACCACCUGCAUCGAGGACGAGGCCUCCAAGAACAAGGUGGCUGUGGUCGCGGGCGCCGUCUUCAUCGUGGGCGGCCUCCUGGUCCUCGUUCCUGUGUGCUGGUCCGCCAACGCCGUCAUCAGGGACUUCUACAACCCCGGCGUGGCCGACGCCCAGAGAAGGGAGCUGGGCGCGUCCCUGUUCAACAUGGCGUCCACAGGCCUCCACGUGUUCGGCGUCCUCCUGGCGUGCGUCGGCUUCCUGGGAGACAUCGUCAUCUGCGCGCUGCCCAUGUGGAAGGUGUCCGCUUUCAUCGGCAACAACAUCGUGACGGCGCAGGUCUUCUGGGAAGGUCUGUGGAUGAACUGUGUGAUGCAGAGCACUGGACAGAUGCAGUGCAAGGUCUACGACUCCAUGCUGGCUCUGCCCCAGGACCUGCAGGCUGCCCGGGCCCUGGUGGUGGUCUCCAUCCUGGUCGUGCUCUUUGGGCUCCUGCUCUCGGUCGCGGGGGGGAAAUGCACCACCUGCAUCGAGGACGAGGCCUCCAAGAACAAGGUGGCUGUGGUCGCGGGCGCCGUCUUCAUCGUGGGCGGCCUCCUGGUCCUCGUUCCUGUGUGCUGGUCCGCCAACGCCGUCAUCAGGGACUUCUACAGCCAAAUUGUGGCGACUGCACAGAAGCGGGAGCUGGGAGCGGCGCUGUUCAUCGGCUGGGCCUCAGCAGGAUUCCUCCUUAUUGGCGGCGCGCUGCUCUGCAUUCGGUGUCCACAGCACAAAGACACCAGAUACACGGCCAAAUACUCUGCACCGCGAUCAGCGGCCCACGCGUCAACCAACCCCUGAUAUGGAGUCUAACGUUCAGCUUUUUAAAGAGCUACUUGCACCUUUCUGCAGAUGUCGGACUUGACUCAAUCCUCUAUGUAUUUUAUGAAGCCUUUUAAAUAAAUUUUACUUCAAGACCA